AUGUCUAUGGUAACAAUAUCCAACCUACAGCGCAUCACUGCGCCAAAAUUAGCGGAGAUGCUGCUCGCUAGUUCUAACCAACCGGCUUCGGAUACAACAAUAGCUAUCAUAGACGUGCGAGAUGAUGACCAUCUCGGUGGACAUAUCAAGUCGUCAAUGCACUUCCCUAGUCGCAGCCUAGACGCCACUAUGCCCACUUUACUGCGUAAACUUGCCGAUAAGGACGUUGUCGUCUUCCACUGCGCCCUAAGCCAACAACGUGGGCCGGGUGCUGCCCUCAGAUACCUCCGAGAAAAGGAGGCUGCGUUUGCUGCUGCCGCUGCUGUGAAGAAGGCCGAAGACGGAAGUAAGCCCGGCAAGCAACAACAAGUCUAUGUUCUAGACAAGGGUUUCGUUGGUUGGCAGGAGGUCUACGGCCCCGAUGAGAGACUUACGGAGAGCUAUAGAAAGGAAUUGUGGGAGGACGGGUAUUAA